GUAUACCAAUAUUCCGUUAGAGGAGGCACGAUAUAUAUGUGAAUCAACCUUGAACAGGAGGCCUAAUCACCACCCUCCCACCUUUUUUUGUUGGAUCUUCUUGAUAUUAUUCUUGAAAAAAAUUACUUUAAAUUUGAUGAAAAAUACUAUUUCCAAAUACAAGGUGUAGCCAUGGGCAGUCCUGUCGCGCCAGCGAUAGCCAAUUUAUUCAUGGAUAAUUUGGAGAAUGAAACUAUCUUGAAUCACACAAAGAACCCUGUAGCGGACGGCAUUAUCAAAUAUUGUAGAUUUAUUGAUGAUAUCUUUAUCAUUGUUAAUUCACAUCAGGAGGCAGUAACAUUAUUAUCCUGGAUCAAUACAAUUCACCUCAAAAUUAAAUUUACAGGAAACAUCAGUUCUACAUCCUUGAUUUUUCUAGAUGUCGUGGUUUCAAAGGAAAAUGAUCGAUUGAAAGUGAGUAACCACCGUAAAACCACUGAUAGAAACUCUUUGUUACAUUACAACAGUUACCAUCAUUGGGCAUUAAAAAAUAAUUUACCCUUUACACAGAUGCUCAGGAUUAAACGAAACUCCUCUACCCUACAGGACUUCAAUCAGGAAAUGGAAGAGACAAAAAGCAGGUUCAGAAAUCGAGGUUACCCAGAGUCCAUAAUACAAUCAGCCUACUCGAAGGUUGCCAGUAUUCCUAGAUCUAAACUCCUAGAGGACAAAAUUAGACCAGUAGUAGACAGAUUGAUAUGGCCACUCACACUUACAAGUUUGUCCAAUCUAGCCAUCAAAACUGUUAAAAAAUACUGGAACUUGAUAAGAGACAUCCCUGGAUGUGAUAGACCCCCUUUGGUAGCAUAUAAAAGAACAAGGAAUAUUGGGGAUAUAUUGGUACAUUCAAACAUAACCAAUAGGCCCCGGACUGUAAAAUCUAAUCUGGUGGGCAACUAUCGCUGCCAUCAUUGUUCAGUAUGCAGCCAAUUGAUAGAGACCAAAAUCUUGACACACCAACAUCUAUCAUUCGAAUUUAAAUUUCCCCAUUUUGCUACCUGUACAACCAAAGGGGUUAUUUACAUGAUAAUUUGUGAUUGUAAUUUAUCAUAUGUGGGGCAGACUCGUCGAGAAGUUAAGAGCAGAAUUAUAGAGCACAGGAGCAAAAUACGAAAUCAUGCCAGAGAAUCCAUACUGUACAAACAUUUCUAUGAUCUACAGCAUAGUCCUGAAUCAUUCAAAUACCACAUACUAGAAGUAGUAUCACAAUCCAAACAUAUGGACUUCAAUAAUAAACUUUUGCAAAGGGAAACAUAUUGGAUUUUCAGAUUACGGACAGAACAUCCACAGGGCUUAAAUGAACAAAAUUCAUACAGUUGUUAUAUAUAGAACCUUAUCAUACUAUAAAUCCCUAAUUGAAUACACCCAAUACAAUAAGGGUACUCAUAGCACCAUCUGGUGAUAAUUUCUUCUAUAUCUUUAAAUAAACCUCUCUGUUUCUUUAACAUCUUCCCCUUUAAAUUGAGGCAACCCCUUGAUGCUUUUCAUACUCGCAAUUAGAAUCCAACACACAGCAGAGUAUCCCGUGAGUAUAUACUGUUUUAGAAAUAUACAAUUUGUUUAAAAACAAUUUUUUGGAUGUAUGUAACUCUUUAAUGCUUAUGGCCACUCCUUGUUCCUUUGACCUAGAUUCCACUGUAAAAAACAUGUAUCUCUAAGGAGAACAAGUGUUAAAUUUGGAACUGUACCACCAGAGGAAGGCCUGAUGCAGGGCCGAAACCGGUCGUGGCGGACUUACUCUUCUCGGCAUUAGAAUACACAAUGCUGAUUGCAUUUCAAUGUAUAUUGGACAAUCCAUUUGAGGCUGCUUGUUAUUACUGUGAAUUUAACGCCGGCUGCAUUUCAAUGUAUAUUGGACAAUCCAUUUGAUGGUGUUUGAUAUUACUGUGAAUUUAAACAGUAUACUAAUUUGCCAGACAUAUUGUUUACUGAACUGGUUCAUUUUCAAUUGUAUAUAUAGGAGGUCAUUUGUGUUUGAGUUUACUUUUAAAAUGUCCCAGUUUCCUCAGUCCUUUAUCUGUCCCCCCUUCAUCCUCAUCUUUUUUCAGUUGCUGCAAAUUGAGGUCCCAAACUAUUUAGAGUUUUAAGUAACAUCACGAAGAACUGAAUUCAGACCAGAAGCAUAUUGGCAGCCAGUGCAAUACUUUUGAAACUGGCAUUACAGUAUAAGUUUUUGAUCCUGCUGCAUUUUUGAACUAAUUUUUAUUCAUAUAGAAAGAAAACACACUAGAAAGCAUGUUUAUAAUAAAUAUUGCUAACUACCCACAACAACAUGCUACUAGACUAAAUCAAAAGCAUACUAACCCAACACACAUCUGCAUUAACAUCCAAAUACAAGUACAUGACAACAGAGACAAUUCUGUAGCUGCUGCAUUUUGCUUUGGCUGCAAUUUCUGCGCCAUCUUCAAGGGAAGCCCCAAAUACAAUGCAUUGCAGUAGUCUAAUUUGAAAGUUGCCUGAGAAUGGCCUACUGUGGGUUAAGCUAUUUUUCUUAAUGUGGAUUGUGUGAACCUUGAAUGUUGACUGUCUUUUAUUAGUGUUUUCCCCCCAAAAUAAAAUAUGAGCCUAUAUAAA